ACAGUUAUUUGAGGCUUGUCUUCAAAUAGAUGACUUUAUCCGGAGUCUUAGAUGGGAGACAACUCUUCGGGGCAUAUUGGUUUGGCCAGCCACGCUACUUUGACAUCAUCAGCUAUACGUCAUCAAUGAUAGCACGCGAUAACUUUCUUUUUGAAUUGGAUUUCAGCGAAACAGGUCACGUUUUGUUAUAGCUUUUACAAAACUUUUAAAAGACAAAAGAUUUUAAGGAUUGAUUUGCGCAUUUUAUUUAUUCAGUUAUAACUUAAAUGAGUUAUGCUGUUUAGAAUAUUUUUAAUUAGCUGAGAUAGGAAAUAAAGGUAGAUCUAGAACUAUUUCGUAUUUUAGAAGCUACUAGAAUCAUGGUCUUUGUCUAAUUUUCAGUUUUUCAUUUUAAAUUUAAAUCUUUUGCUAUUAUAACUUAUGUGACUUUAGAAUUUGCUCUCCUCUAGAUUAUAUUGUUUUCAAUUUAUUUCCUGAUAGAAAUGCCACGUCAGAAGACUCGAGCAAGGAAUGCAAAUACUCAUACUGCCAUUACUGGUGGGAGUGCUACGUCAAAUCGACGCAGGCGGAGUGAGAGGCGCCAACAAGUUGCCAGCAAUCUGGCUACCUUAUCACAAGACAGUAACGUUAAUGCUACGACAAACAAUGCAUUAAACAUUUCAAAUGUCAGUUUGGACCCAUUCAAUCAGAGUUCUGGAUCUAGACCAGAUCUGCCUUGCUCCGGCGAACACCAACCGGUGAGAGAUACAACGGUCAGUGAUAACGGACAAAAUGAAUUCUAUCAGCCUGGUGUACAAACCUCGAAUGGACAAAGUGCUAAUUGCCAAAUCCAAGCAGCGUACUCGAAUAUGCAAGUCAUAGAUGGACAAAAUCUAGCAGCUCCUUAUUGGAAUAAUUCAGUAGUUACGCAAUAUUCGGACAAUGGAGAUAAUUCCAGUUAUGGCAAUACAUUCCAGCCGUACCCUUCGCAAACUUCUACGCAACAAUCUGUGUAUCAACAAACUCCUAUGCAACAAUCGGUGUAUCAACAAAUUCCUACGCAACACUCUGUGCACCAGCGAAUUCCUACGCAACAAUUUGUACACCAGCAAAUUCCUACGCAACACUCUGUGCACCAGCAAAUUCCUACGCAGCAAUAUGUGCCUCAGCAAAUUCCUACGCAACAAUCUGUGCACCAGCAAAUUUCUACGCAACAAUCUGUGCAUCAACAAACUCCAAUGGUUCCUAACAGUUAUGGCAAUGAAUUCCAGCCGUACAGUAUCGGUACUGGUUCAACCGAUGGUAACAUACCUGUCAACAUAGCACAUAGCGGAACCCAACAGACAGUUCAGGCAACCACAGGCACGAACAUUAGUAACGAGCCUCAACUGUCAGAUAAUAUUCAAGUAUGGAUAGUUGGGUCUUCGAUUGUCCGGGACGCCUUCUAUCGUGUUCACAGUGGGAAUUUUCAACUGCCGGGUGUAGACAUCUUUUGGGAUUUUCAGCCCGGUAUGCAAAUGCAUCAUUUAAGUAGUAAAAUGUAUGAAUUGUUAGCUUUAUAUAAACCACCUCAAUAUUUAGUCGUUCAUUGUGGAGGAAAUGAUAUAGGUCAAAGUCCAUUAAACGAAACAGAACUGUUAGCCAUCAACACGUUACAAGAAAUCCAGUCUGCGACUAAUACUAGAAUAAUUUGGUCUCAGAUACUGCCCAGAUUAGUAUAUCGCAACGAGAUUAAUCAUUUUAAAUUGAAUAAGUGUCGGCGUCGUUUCAAUACCACACUGGCAAAACAUUGUAUACAACGUGGUGGUGCAUACAUCAGAUAUCCUCAGAUUACUGAGAAAGCAUAUUUGUUCAGAGACAAUGUUCAUCUCUCAGAAAUAGGGAACGAUAUUUUUAUUAGUAAUCUUAGGCACGGACUGUACUCGGUCUUAUACAAUAAUGCAACAUGUUUUCCUGAAGAGAGAGUGUAAAACUUCGUGUUUCACAUAUAAGUUCAUGUGAGUCAUAGUAUUAAAGAUCGUGGAAUAUUAACAUUUAGAUAAUUAUCUAUUUGCCAAGCACUUUUAUUAUGUAUCUGAAAAUCCAUUACUUAGAUAUUUAAGAAUUCUGUACAUCAGUAUCGAUUUUUGCGAAAUUACUAUAGGAUAAUAAUAAAAUUGAAUUGAAGUAUAAUGUGCGGUCUUUCCAUUUAACCAUCUUAGCAACUUACAAAAGUCCGAUAUCCGGCCCUGCUCCCGAAAUCCGGAGUUACUCUAUCCUUUCGAAAUCCGAAGUCUUAUUUUUUAUCUAGUGCUAGUUAUCAAAUCAUUGAAUAUGAGGCUACAGGUCGCUCAUCUCAAUAAAUUACAGAGUCCGAUAUCCGGCCCCGCUCCCGACAUCCGGAGUUGCUCAAUCCUUUCGAAAUCCGGAGUAUUUUUUAUCUAAUGCUAAUAAAUAAAUGAUUGAGGAUGAGCCUAUUGGUUAGCCAUCUAAGUGAUUUACGGGGUCCGAUAUCCGGUCCAGCUUUCGAAAUCCGGAGUUACGCAGUCUUUCGAAAUCCGAAGUUCUUUAAAUUUAUUUAGUGAUUUAUAUGAAUGAUUGAAGAUGAGCCAUAACCUGUUGGUCGGCCAUCUUAGCGAACCACGGAGUCCGAUAUCCGGCCCAGCUCCCGAAGUCCGGAGUUAGCUAGCUUUCUGAUAUCCAGAGGCUAGGCUUUCUGAUAUCCAGAGGAAAACUUCCGAUAUCCGGAGGCUUAAAAUAUGUUGCAUAUUCUUUUCUCCACAAGAUUUUUGGGAGGGUCCCUUUAUGUUUGGGCGCCAUCAUAUACAAAAUGUUUAGUAAAUUAU